AUGGCAACAGAAGACAAUACAAUUGAAACGAUGGCACUUGGAAGGCCAUUUGGACUGGGGAUGUUAUAUGAUUACAGAAACGAUAGAUUGAUUCCAGCAAUGACAUUAUGGGAUCCUGAUGUUUUAGAAAAUCAGUGUGUCACUAAUAAACUACCAUUUACAAACUAUACUGUCAGGACAGAAAAAUCACUACAUGAUAAGACAGAUUUAAUGACCAAGGGAGGUAGUCUCAAGUUGAGCGUUCUUGUAGGUCUCAUUGAUGUUUCUGGUUCCGCAACGUAUGUAAAUGAUCGAAAAGAAACAAAACAUGAUGAAAGAGUUAUAUUGAAAUAUUCAACAACUGUGCACUACAGACAACUCACAAUGAAUCAUCUUGCUGCAGAAAAAAUAAUUCAUACUGACAUACUUGAGCAAGAUGUUGCUACACAUGUUGUCACAGGAAUCGUUUAUGGUGCUGAUGCGUUUUUCGUCUUUAAUCGGGCAUUGUCAAAAAAUGAAGAGAAUACUACAGUAGGUGAAAAAAUGGAGGUACUGCUACAUAAAGUUCCAAAGAUUGGUAUAUCUGCUGGCGUCGAACUAAAUAUGAAUAAUGAUGAUAAGAAAUUCGCGGAAUCAUUAACGUGCACAUUUUACGGUGACUUCAAUCUUGAACAAAGUCCAAGUACAUUUGAAGAAGCUGUGAAACUAUAUAAUGUAUUGCCAUCGCUUCUUGGAUCAAAUGGAGAAAAUGCUGUAGCUAAAACAGUUUAUCUAUAUCCACUUCGCUUAUUGAACAGACCGAAUAUGAAAAUGGCAAAAGCUUUUCGAUUGGAUUAA